CUUGAAAUGGCUCUGGGAAUAUUGGAGCCCAGGACGGAAAAUGUCCCUGGCACUGUUCAAGUCACUCGCAAGAGCGACAACGAAUUAUCCACAACCCGAACCACAAUCCUCGUGCCACAGCCUACGGAUGAUCCGAAUGAUCCAUUGAACUGGCCUCUCUGGCAACGCGAUAUAAUCCUCGUCAUCCUUUGUAUCGUUUCGGUUCUUGCAACGACUGCCUCCCCUCUUCUGGCCGCAGACUCGGUCGAACUCGCGCUAAAAUUCCAAUGCACUUUCGAAGAAGCGGCUCUUCUCACAGCCUACCACUUAGCGGGUGUUGGAGUGGGAAGUUUGCUAUUCGUCCCGCUCGCAAGAGUAUGGGGAAAGAGACAUGUGUUUCUGCUUGGAUCGAUGCUCAUGAUCGCGAGCUCGGCCUGGGGUGGAUCCACACACAAGGGAUACAACUACACCAGUAUGCUAUGGGCGCGAGUAAUCCAGGGAGUCGCCUUGGCUCCGUUUGAAUCACUCAUCAACGCAUGUGUGGGUGACCUCUUUUUCGUCCAUGAGCGUGGACUGCGUAUGGCUUUUGCAAACGUUUCACUCUUUGGCGGAGCCUUCUUGACUCCUGUGUUUGUUGGCAUGAUUUCCCACGAUAUUGGUUGGCAGUGGUCAUUUUACUUCAUCGCCAUUUUCAUGGGCGGUGGUUUCCUGCUGCUUCUGUUCUUGUGCCCCGAAGUGGCAUACCACCGACCGGAUCGACUGAACACCGAUAUGAUGACAGCUAGCUCCGAGUCUUUGGGUGCAAGCGCUGUCUCUUACGACGAGAAGUCGCCGAACGAGCAAGUGGUCGCCAGAGUCAGAGGCAAUGCUUGGAAGCCUCUGCGCAUCUCGCCUUUCAAUGGACGCAAGACUGAUGAAUCUUUCUGGAAGCUGUUUCUACGACCGUUCCCUCUUUUUCUGCACCCGGCUGUGAUUUGGGCUUGUCUCUUACAGGGUGUCAUCAUCGGCUGGACAGUGAUGGUAGGAGUGAUUCUUUCACUGAUCUUCCUCGGACCACCGCUGUUUUACAACGAGGAACAGGCUGGCAAGAUGUACACCGCCGCCUUCAUAGGAAGUAUACUCGGCCUCUUGAUCGCUGGAGUAUACACUGAACUCACCACACGCUUCAUGAUUCGACGCAACCAUGGAAGAUACGAGCCCGAGUUCCGCAUCCUUCUCGUCAUCCCGACCCUUAUCUUCGCCGCCAUCGGGCUCUACGGCUUUGGCAUCACAGCAGCUAAUGUAACACGCUACGGCUGGCUUGUCCCCGAAGUCUUCCUCGCAUUCAUCGUUGCCAGUAUGGUUAUGGGCGCCACAGCUUCGGCCCAGUAUCUGCUCGAUGCACACAGAGACAUUGCAGUUGAAUCCUUUACCUGUCUCAUCAUCUUCAAGAACAUGUUCUCGUUUAUUCUGGCGUACUUUGCUUAUACAUGGGUCUUUGCUGGCGGUAUCGAGCACUUGUUUAUCAUAUUCGGCAGUAUCGAGGUUGCGAUUUGUGCUUUGAGUUUGCCGAUGUAUGUGUUUGGCAAGAUGAGUCGCAAGUUCUUCCAUCGACAUGAUUUGUUGCAGAUUUUUGGGUUGAGAUGA